AUGGCUGCGCUUUUUCACCCCAACGCCCCCCCUCCCGCCGUUCGCACUCAUCUCAAGCCUACCUCCGCCGCAGCAAGGCCGCCGGUGAUUCUAAGCCCCGUCGACCUUUCGACCGUGGAGAAACGAAAACUUCCGGUGCUUCUCUUCGAUGUUAUGGACACUAUCGUCCGCGAUCCAUUUUACUACGACAUUCCCACGUUCUUCAAAAUGUCUAUGAGAGAAUUGCUAGAAGAGAAACACCCCACUGCAUGGGUUGAGUUUGAGCAGGGUUUGAUUGAUGAGAUUGAACUAGGUAAAAAAUUUUUCAAAGAUGGGAGGCCUUUUGAUUUGGAAGGUCUCAAAGAAUGCAUGCGUAAUGGAUAUUCAUAUGUGGAUGGAAUCGAAGAACUGCUACAUGCUUUGAAACAAAACAGCUAUGAAUUGCAUGCCUUCACGAAUUAUCCUGUCUGGUUCCAGAUGAUUGAGGAGAAGCUAGAACUUUCAAAAUAUUUAUCUUGGACGUUUUCUUCUUGUCUGAUAGGAAAAAGGAAGCCUGCACCCGAUUCAUAUGCUGAGGUUGUACAUCUCCUGAAAGUUGAGCCUAGAAGCUGUAUCUUCAUUGACGACAGGUUCUUGGACUUGGAGGCAUCUGUAAAUGCAGACAUGGUAGGUGUACAUUUUAAAAAUGCUGAAUCUUUAAAGCAGGAUUUGUCUUUACUGGGAGUUCAACUUGAAGUUAUAAGCAAUAGUUGAUGGACGGAAUUCAAAGGUUCUUUCUCCAAUCUUGUCUUAUUUGUUUUUGUAAUCCUUCCGUUAUUCUAAAUAAAUUUCAGAUGUUAUCUCUCCAACUCAUCAAUGUGAAAGCUUGUAAAUUUUAUCAACUUAGCAUUGUUAAUAUUGUGUUCGUUGGUUUUUGUGGAGUGAUGCUACUCUCCAAAUACAAAUAAAUUUUCCUUUAAAAUAUUGCUUUUUCUUGUCAUG